UUGAAAAGGCAUCCGGGGCUGAGUGUGCGCCCUGGGCGCAAAGAGCCGCGCUGGCCCCGGACCCCCUGCGCGGGCAGCAGCCGCCGCCGCCGGGGCUCGGCUUGCCAGGGCCGGGGCUUCCCUUGGGGAGCCGGAGCAGCGGUCCUUGUGUCCCGGGCACCCCCUGCCCUGUGGUCCCCGGUCCCGGGGGCACCUCCGCGCCGUGGGAUCCCGUCGUGACCCCGGCCGGGGGAAGCACGGUGGGGCCCCGCGCGUACCGUGUGAGAAGAAAAGGGGGAGGCGGGAGGAAAAUCCUGUUCUUGCAAAAAUGCGGUUUGCUCUUUUCUUGUCCUGGUGCUGCUGCCUGCAUGGAUGUGCGCUAGGGACUGGCUUCCUCUAUCAAUUCCCAGCAUCAACCCUGCAGCACAACUACCCGGAGCAGAACUCGGGCUCGCCAGGCAGCGGCUUCGCCAGUCGCCGGCAUUGGUGUCACUAUACAGUUACGCGGACGGUUUCCUGCCAGGUGCAGAAUGGGUCAGAAACAGUCAUCCAGCGAGUUUAUCAGAGCUGCCGGUGGCCAGGACCUUGUGCCAACCUAGUGAGUUACAGGACUCUCAUCAGGCCCACGUACAAAAUGUCCUACCGAACUGUGACCACGCUGGAGUGGAGGUGCUGUCCUGGCUUCACGGGGAGCAACUGUGAAGAGGGUUCGUCUGGCCGCCACCAUGGUUACUUUUCCAACCAGGACCUUGCGUUGCUUUCCCCGCGCAGCCGGAGGGUGGGAAGGGAGAGGUGUGCUAGGACAGUAACAGCGAGACGUUAUGGAGACAGACUGGGUGUCACGCCAUUCGCAGAAUGCAUGAACUGCACGAGACUCGCCGAUAUGACGGAGCGGUUAAACACGCUUGAGGCCAAGAUCCUGCUGCUGGAGGCCGCGGAGCGAAGCCCACCGCUGGAAAACAACCUGCCGAUCACUGGGACGACAGCCACGUGGUACGACGAUUUGCUACCAGAUGCCUUUCCCCUGCUAAAUCCUGGGACUGUCCUGAGAAAAACAGUGGGAUCUGUUGAACCUAAAGGACACCGAGGUGCAGAGGAGCAGCUAAUACCACAGGGGCUGCCGGGACAGGUGGGUCCUCCAGGCCCGGUUGGACCAACUGGUCUUCCAGGUCCACCAGGGCCAAAAGGAGAGAAAGGACAACCUGGUGAGAGGGGCCCGGCAGGGCCACCAGGGCUGUUGGGACCCCAAGGACCGAGAGGACUUCCAGGAGAAACCGGGAUCCCAGGUCCCCCAGGUCCUCCAGGGCCACCAGCCACCCCAAGCCUCCCCCUCACCUUCCAACAAGGGGUUCUCUACUCACUCCAGCCCACAGCUGAGAAAGAAAAUGGGGAACCCCAGCUGGCCUCCACCGUCAUAGACACCAUCAUGGCUGGGCUGCCAGGACCUCGGGGAGCCCCAGGACCCGUUGGGCCACCAGGGCCACCAGGUGCAUCAGGACCCAGAGGGCCACCAGGACCCAUCGGAGCCCCUGGAUCACAAGGCUUACCGGGCUCUCCAGGACAACCCGGGCCAAAAGGCUCCAAAGGAGACCGAGGAGAGCGAGGGCAAGCAGGUCUGACUGGAGAGAGGGGCAUUAAGGGAUUUCCUGGUGAACCAGGCAAGAAGGGUGAGGAAGGUGACAAAGGCGCUGAUGGGGAAGGUGUUCAGCAACUUCGAGAAGCUCUGAAGAUUUUAGCUGAGAGGGUACUAAUUCUUGAGCACAUGAUAGGAAUUCAUGACUCUUUGUCUUCCAUUGAGCCAGGCUCUGGACAAGACGUGAUCCCGGGCUCCCCUCUGCGAAGCAGCAUCAAGAUCAAGCGUGGAGGACCCCAGCAGCCGCAGGCCUACCAGAUCCUCUCUUCACUGCUGGAUGACGGUGAAGCCAAAAGAAGAAGCAAUCGGAUGAAGUAGGAGCAUCUGUGUGUUCUCCCUGCCUGUUCACCAGUUAAAGAUACAGUAUCCCAGUGCUUAAUUGCAGAGCGCAAAUGAAGUGGGAGUAGGUAGGAGGCUGGAGUGUUGGCAACUGGGUUUCCUCACCUGGCCAAUUCUACGCCCUAAUUGCAGGGAACGUCUUAUCCAUAGCUCAGAGAGGGUCUUAUGAACAUUUUAUCUUGAUUUUGUUGGCUUGCCUUUGGAAUACCGGAUGGCAGGUAUCCUCAGAAGCUGUCUACAGCAAUGACACCUCCUGACUGUGUCUCAAGAGUUUAGUCCUCCCCUUGUUUACUCACCACCCUUGAAGGUUACUCAGUUAAAGCACUGCUUAACUGGCUGAGACAAUCAAUCCCACCUAGACUCAAAGCCAAGCCUUAGCCUUGUCCAUUGGCAUAGUUGGUGGCAUCUGCUUUUGUUUCAUGUGGUAGUGUCUUGCUGACUUCCAGGUGAAGAUACCACCUCAAUAGGCCAGGAUUUUAGGCAAAGAACCAAUAGUAAAAUUCAAAGAACAUUUAUAACUCUUACUCUGAAAAUUCAGGUUAGUCUCUGGUCUUUAGCAUCAAAAUCUUGGCUUUUCAUGUUGCUAAUUGCAUGUGAGUGGCAUUAUUUCUAUUUGUGGUUGGCUUAGCAAGGACUUCUGAUGCAAAUGAUCAUGGCAUCAUUGAUUUGCUAUCUAUCUUUGGUUAGAUUAGACUGUUUCUGUGAAAAAAUAUAGCGCUGUUUGUACAAGAUAUGAUGGAAUUGUGCAAGAAUUUUCCCAUAUUGUGUUCAGCUUGUGCAUACAUACAAGAUAAUUAAUUAAAGUAGUAGCAAUAACUAUUCACAGAAAAGGAUAUUUUGCAAUAGCUUCUUAAUCCUACAUCAAUAAGGAAAAAUGUUUUCAUGCUGUUCCUUUUUUACCUUGUCAGUGAAUCCUUGUCGUGUGAAUCUGGAGACAGUGUAGUAGCAAACCACAGCCUGAGGAAUUAGUCUUGUCAAGAGCUUAUCUUGCACUGGGAGUUAAAUACAAAGUCAUUUUACUUUUUGCAAUAACUUGGUAUUUUGGGGGAAGUCCCAGCUCCAGGGUUAAGAAGUUGAACCCGCCCUUCAGUGACAAAUGAAUCACUGCACGGGCUGCGCAAACCAAAUCAGACAAGUUGAUGUCAUUCAUGAAGACAGGGAUUUUGUUAGAAAGGGUGAGACUAAUCGACAGAACUGAAGGUACUAUUUUAUUUUUAUCUUUUAUUUUUAUUUCAAAUUUAGUGCAGAACAAAAGUUUCCGUUUGUCACCUUAUGGCAGAAGUCAAGCAAUCUGGCCACAUUCUGUCUGGUUCCUAGUGCAAGAUACAGCCAUGUGAAAAGAGCAAACUGUACAUUAAGAAAGUGUCCUCAUGGCAGUUUCAGGAACUAAACUAAACUAAAGCAAUGUUUAAAAAGGGAAAUGGCAAAAUUUAGUUUCACUGGGUUGAAUCUGGGGACAAGGGAGUACAACAGUCUCCCGUCCGUGACAUUUUGCAGCCUUCACACUGAACUGAAAGAGGCAUUCUUCUUUCUCCAAGUUUGUCUCCCUGAACUCAAAGCUAUCGCAUUAGCACUGUGAGCGUUCGCGUCAAGUCUUCACAUUGGCUAGGAUUUUGUAUUUUAAAUUAUUUAAAAUGGAUUACUGGCAAGACAAAAAGGUUUGGGUUACAACCAUUUUAAUUAUUGACUUUUCCAUAUUUCUGUAUGAGCUAUGUAAUUUUUUUCUCCCCACGCUUCUUGCUUUAUUUAGCUCCAUCUCUCUCUUAUGCGGUACUGUAUCUUGAAUUUGGGGGACAGUUGUGUUAUACCAAAUGGACUUUCUCAGCUGGGGUUUCAUUCCUCUCUACUUACACAAGGGCUGGACCACAGUGUUGUGCAGUCCCAGUUUAAUUAUGUUUUAAAGGUGAACACAGCCUCACAUGCUGACAUUUAUGAUAUUCAUGACUAAGCAAACCACUCCAACCACAUUUUCCAUCUUGGGCAGGAUACUAAGAUUCAUUUUAGCCAGGGCAUAUAAUGCAUCUUGCCGCAUCUAUGUAACUUAGAGAGGGGAUCUAUUCUGAAUGCGUGCUCAUUUAGAAGUAUAUUUUAAUUGAAAUGUUUAGUGCUUUAUCUUACAUGCGUACUGUGCAAUACCAUAGUGUGUUCUUUCCUCUUCAUUUUCCUAAGACUUUUUUUGAAAUUCUUUAUGUUCUUUGAGCUCCGAUGUGUUUUUGACUUGGAUUGGUUCUGGUAGUACUAACACAUUUUCCGUGCCUUGAGCGAACCAGAAGCAGCACAUUGCACAACCAAAAAAUCUUUGCUGUUCGUGCACCCUGAUGUUCACCAGCAAUCUGGUACUCCUGGGAGGCGGAAAAUGCUUCUCUCCAGAGUAUCUAAUUUGCACUUAUUGUAUAGAAUUGACAGCAACCCAGGGAAACGGGAAUAAGGUAGAGUGAAGAGCCCUCACCUGCUCCCACCAAACUUCACAGUAAUUUUGCCAUCAACUUUCACAGGAACAGGCUCUAGAGAUCAGACCCAGGUCUCCGUCCAGCACGGACGGUGCUGCUGUCAGUGGAGCAGAGUGUACGGCUUACGAGCAGCUCCCAGAGAGUUUGGGGUUCACUCCCCAUCUCUGCAAUGAACUAUUUCAAUACAGGAACCUGACCACUGCGACAAAGGCUUCUAAAAGACAAUCAGCUUCUGGAAUUACUGUUCGAUACAAUUGAUGGGAAAUCCAUUCUCCACAUUUACAGCCUCUGUCUUAUUCGAGAUUACAUUCCAUGUUGGCGUUUGGUGGUAUAGGGGUUUAAACUACUCAGUUUCUGUGAUUGCAUUGAAACCAGGAAACUCAAAGGUGCUAUAAUUGUCCACAAAGCACAUUUCCAUCCACAGAAAGAAAUGUUAACUUUUUCACUAGUUAUUUUACACAGCAUUUUUUUAUUUAUAUCAGUGUGUUUCCUAUGUGUGCAAAUGGUCUCAGCUUCUCUCAUUGUAAUAAGCUUUACAACCAUUUGGUCUUUUAUAGGGCAGCCGUACACAGUAUCUUGCAAUCAUGUAUAAUUUCUUAACAUAGAGCAAGAAUAAAUCUCAUCUGACACGAUGAAUUCAUUUAUGGCAGGCUCUAAUGUUUGUUGUGAACACAACCUGUUUGUUCCACCUCUUGCAUGGUUUACUUAUCUGUUUUCAUAUUGCUAUGUUAUUGUUCAAAAUAUCUAUUUCUCUUUAUUUGCUAUGGGUUUUGUUACUGUAUAUGGAAUGUUUUGUAUUCAGCAUUUUCUUACAGAGCAGAGUGGGAACAGUAUUCAAGAACCCACAAAUACCAAAGACCUUUCAUGUAAUGCACUGAGAAAUAAACAUACUGUAAAUGA